AUGGAACCGUCUCAGCAAACGCCCUCAUCCGUAAGAGGAAUGCCUGCAAAGCCUGUACAUCAAAGAGCAAAUGCACGCCCAGAUAAUAUGAAUGAGAAGAAAUCGCUUGUCACUAUGCCUAAUACGGUAAGUUCAUUUUUUCUGAUUUUUUUUUUGUAA